CACAUUCUAGUUGUUUUUAUUUUAUUGUAGAAUAAACACAAGUUCUCAUUAUAAAAAUUAAAGUUAGCAUUUUAAAUAAAAGAUAUCUUUCCAAUACCAUUUAUUAUGAAAACACUGAAAUCCUACACGUGUUGGUGAAGAAGCGAUAAUAAACAAAUAUGUCUAAUUUGCCGGUUGUUAGUAUUCAAUGUGAUUGGAAUGACGUUCUAAGAUUGCCACAUGGUAAAGCCUGGAUAUCCUCAAAAUAUUUGAAUGUAAAUAGUAUACAUGAUAAGAUAUCAGCAUCCCUUGACAAAUCUGAUGUAAAAGUAAAGCUACAUGUGCCAGAAACCUUCCAGUUAAUUUCAUAUUCAAACCUUAGUCUUGCUCUAAGACAUUAUGAAUCUGGCUUGAAGGUAGCUUUUGUGGCUCCAACAAAAGUUCACGGUAUCCACAAGAAAGCUAUAAUCUCCUUAUGUGCCGCAGAUAACUUUUUAACUGUAUCUUCAUGUGAAGAUGAUAAGCUUUUAGUUUGGGAUAAUAGAUCAGGUGAUCAAUUACUUGACUUAAAGGGUCAUGGAGGCCCUAUAUAUAAAUGUAGAUUCUUCCCUUCUGGAAUAGUUGUGAUCUCUGCUGGAGCUGAUGGUUCUUCCAGAAUUUGGUCAGCACAAUCUGGAAUCAAUCCAGUGACACUUAAAGGCCAUGUUAUGGCUGUAAUGGAUGUCUGUAUCAUUGAAAAAGGAAGGAAUGUUAUAACUGUCAGCAAGGAUGGUACGGCAAAAUUGUGGGAUGUUGGAGAAUCAAAAUGUUUGGAUGAUGUGCUAAAAGACCAGGGCCCUAUCAACUGCUGUGCUCUUGCCAUCACACAAGAGGAUGUAGCAGUAGAGAAUGAUAGAGAGGUUGGAACUGGAAAUAAGAUACUUUUAAUAGGGUGUGAGAGUGGCAUAGUCACAGCUGCACAUAUUGCAAAAAGGGAGCAAAUUUUCCAGAAGAAAUUAGAAUCUGCAUGCAAUGCCUGUAUUGUGGUUGAUCAGACUAUCAUUGUUGGAUGUGCUGAUGGAAAGAUCAUACACAUGAAGAUGGAAGAUGGCGAAAUAAUUAAAGAAAUACAUGAAUCAGCCAGUCCUAUCCUGUGUAUCACAGCACUGUCAAACAACUUGUAUGUUGUUGGUAGACAGGAUGGAAACUGCGCUGUAUUGUCUUUACACGAAGGCCAUGAAACAAUAAGGGUACAGUUAACAGGAUCUGAUUGUGAUGGAAUUCGAGAUGCAUCAUUUAAUGGGAAAUGGAUCUUUGUCGGUUGCCGUGACACCAAUGUGAGGAAAUAUGAUUAUAAUCAACUAAGUGUACACUUUAAGUGACUAGGUGUCUAGGUAUAAAUAAGUGAAACAUAAUUUUGUGCUUAUAUUUUUAAUGCAUUUUAAUAUCUUGAUGUAUGUUUCUAUGUCAAUGUUUGUGAUAUCGGUUAGCAGAACCUAAAAUGCUUUAUUACAUCCACACACUCCGUGUCGAAGAUGUGUAUUCUUUAUCUGAAAUACAGUAUAAAGUAAGUAAA